CUUACAAUAAAUACUGCAAUUGUGUACAUGCACAGGUUUUACAUGCAUCAUUCCUUCACAAAAUUCAAUCGAAAUAUAAUAGCUCCCACGGCAUUGUUUUUGGCUGCAAAAGUAGAAGAACAGCCACGGAAACUUGAACAUGUUAUUAAAGUAGCACAUGCCUGUCUUCAUCCUCAGGAGCCACAAAUGGAUCCAAAGUGUGAUGCAUACCUUCAGCAAGCCCAAGAGCUGGUUAUACUUGAAACAAUAAUGCUUCAAACUUUAGGUUUUGAGAUUACCAUUGAACAUCCACACACAGAUGUUGUGAAAUGUACGCAAUUAGUGAGAGCAAGCAAGGAUUUGGCACAGACAUCCUAUUUCAUGGCUACCAACAGUCUUCACCUUACAACGUUCUGUCUUCAGUACAAGCCUACAGUGAUAGCAUGUGUGUGCAUUCACCUGGCCUGCAAGUGGUCCAACUGGGAGAUUCCAGUAUCAACUGAUGGAAAACACUGGUGGGAAUAUGUAGAUCCUUCAGUUACUCUAGAAUUACUAGAUGAGCUAACUCAUGAGUUUCUGCAGAUACUGGAGAAAACGCCUAGCAGGCUCAAGAGAAUUAGAAAUUGGCGGGCUAAUCAGGCUGCUAGGAAACCUAAAGGUGAUGGAGUGUCCGAGAACUCACUUCUUGGUUCGUCUUUGGUCCAGAAUUCCAUUUUGGUGGAUACAGUUACUGGUGUAGCUGCAAACACAAGUUUCCAAAAACCAUCAACAUCAUUUCCUGGACCGGUACCUCUGACCUCAGGAAGUAUUUCUGUUCCAGACAGUCAUGCACCUGAAAAUUUGGCAAUACUAGCUACAGGAAUGCCGAGGGAGGGCAACACGUUGGCAUCACACCAGAAAUGGCCUCAGCAUCAAGAACAAACAAGGACAGAACAAAUAUACUCUCAAAAACAGGAGACGUUGCCUGCUAGUCAGUACAGUAUGAACUUCCAACCAGGGACGUCUGUGCAGUUGCACUCUGGGGUACAUCACAGACCUGACAAACUUGCUGAGCAUUCUACUGUCAAACAAGAAUAUUCUCAUAAGUCAGGAAACAAACACCAUGGACAAGUUGCUGCUCCUGUAAUUAUUCCUCAGAAAAUGUCUUUGGAUAAAUACAGAGAGAAGCGCAAACUAGAAACCCUUGAACUGGAUGUCAGAGAACACUACGUAGCAACCCCAGGGGAACAGCAGCAUAAAAAACACCUGCAGCCACAGGCAGGCAGCAGUUCUUCUGUUACAUCUCCUAUUAAAAUGAAAAUUCCUAUUGCAAACGCAGAGAAGCCUGAAAAACACUUGUCUGAUAAGAAAGAAAAGGGUGGCUCACUCAAACUCCGUAUCCCAAUCCCACCCACAGAAAAGGGUGCCAGUAAGGAGGAGCUGAAAAUGAAAAUUAAGGUCUCUUCCUCAGAAAGGCACAGCUCAUCGGAUGAGGGUAGCGGGAAAAGUAAACACUCAAGUCCCCACGUUAGCAAAGAGCAUAAGGAAAAACACAAAGAACACUCUUUAAAUCGCCACCACAACAUUGGCCAUAAGCACUCCCACCCGCACGGUGGCGGUGGCAGUGGUGGCAGCGGUAAGCAUAGCACUGAUGGAGUCACCCCAACUGUUUUGAGGAGUCCCGUUGGCCUGAGUAGUGAUGCCAAUUCCUCUAGUUCCAGCUCUUCAAGGAAGAAGUUGCACAGCAAUGAUGCUUCUCACAACCACCACUCCAAAAUGAGCAAAAGUUCCAAAAGUUCAGGUAGUUCAUCUAGUUCUUCCUCUGUUAAGCAGUAUGUAUCCUCUCACAACUCUGUUUUUAACCUUCCCUUACCCCCUCCUCCCCCUGUCACAUACCAGGUGGGCUACGGACAUCUCAGCACCCUCGUGAAACUGGACAAGAAACCAGUGGAGAACGGUCCUGAUGCCCAUCACCAGUACAGUACAAACAGCCAGCAUAUGGACUACAAAGAUACAUUCGACAUGCUGGAUUCGCUGUUAAGUGCCCAAGGAAUGAACAUGUAG